CUUACUGCGCCGUCCCACGCAGUGCAGUCAGUGAUUAUUUGGUUUGUUUACAGUCGGUAAUGGAACAGGAAGGUUGUGUGGUGUUUGAGCUGGUCAUUUUGUGUAGCGUUUUGUCACGAGCUCGUGCUAGUUCUGCGGGGAAGUGAAGACUCCUUGCGGCCAUCACCGGACCGCGGAGUUGGAGGAGCCACUAUCAAUUGCCAGCUGCAUUGUGCAGCAUCGGCAGUGAUGGCACCGGUGAAUGUUGAGAGGAUCCUUCUGUACGCUUGGCAGGAUAGAGUGGAGGAUCUAAAAGCCGAGAUACUUGAAGGUGGUGUUCUCAAAGAAGAAGUCAAACUUCAAAAGGAUGACAUUGGUGGUCCAUUUUUGGCACUGUUACUGAAGAGUGCCUGUUUCCACAAUGCUACUUCUGUUGUCAAGUUCUUGGCAAGCACUGUUGACAAGCACAUGCUGAACCAUCACGGGCAUUACAGGAUCCCUCAUUCAAUUAGAAAAUACCACGGCAGUGCUCUUCAUGCAGCUGUUGAUCGACGCUCCGCUAAGUGUUUACAGUAUUUGCUCGAUGCCGGUGCGGAUCCGAAUGUGACUGAUGAGUAUGGAAAGACACCACUUCACUAUGCCAGUGAGCUGGGUCAUAUCGACUGUAUGCGGCAUCUACUGGACAGCAAAGCCAAUCCAAACCAACCUGACAAGGAUAAGCGGACGCCACUUCACUAUGCCACUAUUGAGAACAAGGCCGACUGCGUUCUGCAUCUACUGCAAGCUGGAGCUAACCCAGAUCAAGGAGAUAAGGCAGGUUAUGGAACAGCCAUUUCAAUAUACUCUGCUAAUGCAUUUCCUUAA